AUGGAUGCAAAAAUCUUAAAUUUCGCACGCAAUAACGACUAUAACCAACUUCGUGAAUAUAUCAGCGAUCAUGAAACUACCGAGCUAUCUGUGCGUCGAAAUAAGAUGACUCAAGUCGUUGCACGAUAUUUGAACGACGAAAGUCUUCUGACGGGAGAUGAAAGAGAUUGCUUUACGGUUUUACGAUCAAUACUUAAAGCAACACCACCUGACAGCGACAAGAACAAGGCGAGAAGAUCAGCCAUUUUGAUGACUAUUGUUAAAUGGCUUGAUGUGAAAGGGAAUCACGUUUCUCAGUCAGUUGAUAAGGCCAUAUCUGAAAUUGUCGAUCUACUGGACAGCGAGAUCGAUGGGUUCCAAGUGACAUCAAUGAUCGAGGCAACGAACCACAUAAUCGAUUCUAUAAAUCAAAACAGACCGUUGCAUUCGAAACUACUCGCACUCAUUCCUAAAUUUCUGUCCACUUUGGAUACAUUUGAAUCGGUUACGAUACGUACGGCAACUGGGACGAGGAGUUUCACUGGAACACAAUAUAGGGAUAUCAUCCUGAACAGAAUAUGUCUUGCUGAAUGGCACAUUGAAAAUGUGCUGAGUAUUAUCAGUAUGUUUCCGGACAUACCAAUGUCAAAAGAGACGGCUGAACGUGCUGUGGAUAAAGUGAUGAGUUAUUUCGAUGACAUGGAUGCGAACGAGACUCCUCCUAUCGUGUACAAACUGCUUCUACUUUCAAGAAAGGAUCACAAGCGCGUAAUUAUCAAGGGCAUUACGUCUUAUUAUAGUAAGCUAGAUGAUAGAUUGCGUGAGAAACAUACAAGUCAUGUAGAAAUUACGCCGUCAUCUUCAACAUUCUCGCAAGUGAGCCAUAUUGAAGGAACAGUGCUGAUUCACCUCUGUUUCGCCGUCAAACAAGACCAGGAAUUGGGCGUCGAACUUAUCAAAUACAUUAAAUCAAAAAAAUCGUCCGCUUUGACUCCAUUUAAUCUCGCUUGUUUGUUGUCAGUAGCAAGAAUACAUAGAUUUGAGGAUACGAUACUUGAUUAUCUGAAAUCAACCAUUACUGCUACAUUUAAAGACAAAGAGAGACUGGAAAAAUCCCCAUGGAUAAGCGCUCUCUCAAUCGUUGAUACAUCUGCGCCUAUCCUGCAGAUAUUCUCUGAGCUUAUUAAAAAGACUGCUUAUGGAUGGGAUCAGACGACACAGAGUCUGAUUCAAUUGGGAGUUCUUCUUAUGGAUUCAACUGGUUCAGCAUCACUCAAUAGAAAAGAUACGCUUAAGCCAAAGGGAUCUCCGAUGACUACGACAGACAUGGUUGGGGAACUUGCUACAAGAAUUCUAUUAGAAAUGUUCAAGCUCCAUGACGUUGUUCGAAAUGAAAUAUUGGAUCAAGUAUUAAAUCGUAUUAUUGGAAAGUCGACUAGCGUUACAUAUUUCUUACGUUUAUUGGAGAUGAUUGUGUAUGAAGCUCCUCAGGCGUUACAUAGCUACUUACCGCGGAUUAAAGAAGCCUUCGAUUAUUUGUCAUUACUGCCAUUAACAACAGCCAAAGGACUGUUGACAGCAGUACAACCGAUAGUGUAUAUGAAUCAAUCUUUUCGUGAUAGCCUCAUCCUCGUAUUGCGUAAAGCCAUGUUCUCCAGGGAUGUCUCUGGUAGACAGAUUGCCGUGACCGGAUUAUUAAGUCUUUUGAGAAUGACUGUUGUAACGAGUGCAAAUGGACAAUCUUCCGAGUCUGCUGCAACGUUUUCCAUGUCCAAUCCGGAUCACCACAUUCAGGCUCUUGCCUUAGAGAUACUUGGAAUGCUACGCAAAUGCUUCAGUUUACAGCCUCAGAUUAGACUUGCCCUAUACGAAGGCCUGAUGAAUUUAAUGGAUGUUCGUCACGAUCUCAACCGCACCAUAUUUGAGACGAUAUAUCCUCAUUUUAUGAAAUAUUUUGAAAUGGAAACAAGUGUUCAUGCUACGAUUAAACUCGAGACUUGUAUUGACGCGUCUAACGAGGAGCCGACAAUAAUUGAGCCAUUGCCUUACCUACUUUCAUGUCUGAGCAAAUCCAUUGCAUUGAUGUCAAAAAAUAACGACUGUAGCGAAAAUGACACCUUUGAGGAGGAACAAUUCAAAGGAUGCAGAAAUCAGCUGCAGUUGCUCACUGACAGAUUGACGAAAUCUGAUAUGACUGAUUUGUCGGUUGACCCCUGUGCCGAUUUUAAUAUUACUUCUAGCGAGGGUAUUCGGAAUAGCAUUAUUGUUUCUUUAUUACUAGGAUGUUACGAGGCUAUGAUAGAACACUGCUACUUCUGUAAUGACAACAUUGUGGAUGCAGCAGAGAACAUCUCCAAACUGUUCAAGCGAUACAUGGCAUUGCUCGAUUUACUCAAGGAGAAAUCAAUCAAUAGCAAAGGACGUAAAAUGCACACAGCGAAUGUAGAUAUAUCCACACUGAGCUUCCGGUGCAUAGCUGAACUAUGUCAAUUCACGUUUGAGGACAGUAGCACUACCACUGUGAAUCAGGCAAAGAAAAUCUUAAGAAGUGAUACCGACUUUGUAAGAUAUCUCACCACAGCAGCUCAUCACAAGAUAUCGGAGAUGUUAUCUCGACUUGACUCUGAAGACGCAUCUAGCUUCGACUAUUGUGUAUCAAUGGCGAAGGGUAAAUCUAUUCUCACCAUAGUUAUCGAAUGUUUUACACUUUUAACCGAAGCUGUUGCUACCCAUUGGCCAGAGAAACUGGUCGAGUUUCUCUCAAUGGUAUAUCCAACUGACGAGAAAGAAGACAUUACUCAUACUGACCUGAAUAGAUGGCUUGGAGCAUAUACUGUUGAACUUGAGCGUCUGAUAAUGACGACAAUAGAUGAAAAAACUCCGUUAAUAAAAGAAGCCUCAAGUCUAUGUCAAACGUUAUCUUUGUUCGCAAAACAAUACAAGCGUCCAAAUCAAAACGACUCUAAAGAACACUUGGAACAAUUGAUCACAUGGCUUCGUGACCUCUGUUCGGAUCGUGAGAUAGACGAUUCGAACUUAGCUAAGAACUUUGUAAGCCUGCUAAUUAAAUUGGAGCAAGAAAUCGGCAACUUUAAUAUUACGGCUGAGUUUGCACAAGAUGUGUUGACAGUGUGGGGUGAGAUUGAUGCGGAGGCAUACGAAUCGAAUAUUGUGAAGCCAAAGUAUGCCAUCGUAAAUGCUAGAACAGUCGUACACGUCUGUAAUGUGUUAAUAGCUUUCUUAAUGGAGACUAUGGAUGAUAUUGAUUGGUGCUUAGGGAGACUAAAGGGAUCUGUCGAAGGCGUAUCGACUGUAUCUCCUAUUUGUAAAAAGCUUGAAAUAAUGAUACGCGCAAUCGUAUCUUUGGAACGAGCAUGCCUGCCAAUAUCUUCGGCUGAACACUUGAUCAAGUGUCUCAUAAAGACAUAUAAAGUGUUAGCAACAUUGACUAAACACAUGAUUACGACUGGCGGAGACACUCCUUCACAGUUUGUUGAUAUAAUAAAAUUAACUGGUGACCAGUUGACUGAGAACUUUUAUACACUUCUCAUGGCGUUCGGUCAGUUAAAUAGCGACGGAAGACAGAAAAGCAAUAACGGGAAGGGAAAGAGCAAGACUACAAAGGCUCGAAUAGCAAGAGAAUCCAAGCUCGUUCCCAACGCAGUAUUUACUCACGAACAGUUUGAGAAGUCAAUCCUCCAAUUAUCCAAGAAAUCGAAGACAAACCUUAUGCAGUAUAUGAAAAGAUCUACAGCACGUGAUUUCCGUAUAAAGGUAAAGAAGAUUGAUGUCAAAGAACAGCACCUACAGCUAAAUAAACCCGAUCAGAAACCCGACAAGAAAACCAAAAAGAGGACAAAUCCGGAUAGGGAUAAUAAAGACGUUGUUGAUACAAGUGAAGCAGGAAAAAUUAAUCGAAAAUUGAAGAAGAGUCGUUCUGAAUAA